GAGCAAAAAGUAAAUCAUUGUUUUAAUUGGGUUUGAUAUGCUUUUAUUACGUAUUUUUGCCUCAGGAAUUCGAAUCUGAAAGAAAAAUUUAUACUAAAUAUCACGAAUAUCAUCGAACCGUAAGCACAAAUUGUGAGUGAUGUAAUGUGGACUACCCACUCCGCGGCGUAAGACAACUACCCAAGAAUUAGAAAUGAUUCCGACACGUCAAUGGAAGUCCAAUUCCAAGACCUAGCGUGACAACAAUGUUUAUUGCACUUCGGCUCAAUCAUUACCUUUUGCACGAAUGCCUUAUAAAUGCAGAACCGACGAAGGACUGCACCAAUCUUCAAAUCGUUGUCGCAGUGUCCGAAGCUAUUAUAUAAGUACGCACAUUGGAGGCCAGACUGCCUGGACCAAUGCAGCAUGUCCGGUCACUUUGGAUUGGUUGAAAUUCUCGGUGCAAUCUUGCUGAUCUUCAUCGGAAUUCGGUUUUAUCUUGUAAAAAACUAUAACUACUGGAAAAAACUAGGGAUCCCGGGUCCGGAGCCCGAGUUGUUCUUCGGAAAUUUCAAGGACAUAGCAUUGGGUAAAGCCUUCUACGGCGAUGUCUUGCACCGGAUGUGCAACCAGUUCCCCGAUGCGCCUAUGUUCGGUAUAUACGAAAAUCGGACGCCCCGAUUAGUCUUGAAAGACCUUGAUCUGAUCAGGGACGUUCUGAUAAAAGAUUUCGCUUGUUUUUCCGAAAGAGGUGAAGACGUGGACGAGAAAAUCGACCCACUUGAUAAUCAUUUGGCUACCUUAGAAACUAAAAGAUGGAGGUAUCUACGCUCGAAACUGUCUCCGCAGUUCACAUCUGGCAGAAUGAAAAAAAUGUUCCUUUUGAUUCAAGAGUGUGCGGAUCAGUUCGAAAAGUACUUGCAUGUCGUAGCGGAGAAGAGUGAUUCGAUAGACUGUCGAGAGAUAAGUGCUAAAUACACCACCGAUGUGAUCGGUAGCUGUGCAUUCGGCAUUCAAUCCAAUGCCAUCGCGGACGAGGACAGUGAGUUCAGAAACAUAGGGAAGAAAGUUUUCGCGGUAACCCCGAGACGAAAAUAUCUCAUGUUGAUUCGCUCGACACUACCGUGGCUCUACAAGCUAUUAGGAAAGUCUACAACUCCCCCAGAAGUUUUGGAAUUUUUCAACCGAACAGUCAAAGAAAUGCUGGACUAUCGAACUGAAACCGGUACAAAGAGAGGAGAUCUCAUCGAUACUUUGAAUGAGCUGAAGCAAGAGCAUAGUAAAACUGAUUUUGAACUAUCCGAUAACUUGAUCACGGCUCAGGCGUUCGCAUUUUUUGUCGGUGGUUUCGAAACUUCCGCCAGUACGAUAAGCAACGCGUUGUACGAGUUAGCUCAGCGACAGGAUAUUCAGGAUAAGGUACGACAGGAGAUACUCGAAUCACUGGGAGAAAAUAACGGAAGUGUCAAUUACGAGAGUGUCAAGACGAUGAAAUACUUGAACAUGGUAUUCCAGGAAACACUUCGACUGAGACCACCGGCUCCCUUGGUCGGGAGAGCAGCAACGACAGAUUACACUUUCAGAGGAACCGGCAUCACCAUUCCAAAACGACUGAAGGUCUUCAUUCCGAUCAUGCACAUCCAUAUGGAUCCAAAUUAUUACCCGAAUCCGGAAAUUUUCGAACCCGAGAGGUUCUCGGAUGAAAACGUUAGGGCCAGGCAUGCGAUGGCGUGGCUGGCUUUUGGUGACGGUCCUAGAAACUGCUUGGGUUCGCGUUUUGCCGUUUACCAAACGCAGCUGGGCUUGAUAAAGGUAUUAUCGAACUUCAAAGUUGAAACGUGCGCAAAGACUAAAAUUCCAUAUGAAGCGGCCCCCGGUAAAAUGCUCCUCGAACCAAUCGGUGGAAUACACCUCAAAUUCACCAAAAUUGUGAAAUCGUAAUGCAGAAAAUAAAACACGUAACAUUUGUUGGCUAUCAUAAAUCCAAGGAGGAUGUGAACUAAAAUGUGUUUCAAAUUACCAACUUCCACCGUGCUGUGCGUGUCGGAGUCCGACCGUCGAUCGGCCACGAGUUGACACGUGCAGCGUGCAUAUAAUUUCGCCUCGGAGCCAUGUAGUUUCUGUAUCAAAUUAUGAGCCAAUAAAAAGAUGAGUUUGCCUCGUGUUGAAAACUGAACGAGUCUUUUAAACACGGGGGGAACAAUAAAUGAU